AUGAUCACAGUGAGGGACGGACUCCCACGCAACCCGACGGACUCCCACGCAACACGACGGACUCCCUCGCAACACGACGGACUCCCACGCAACCCGACGGACUCCCUCGCAACACGACGGACUCCCACGCAACCCGACGGACUCCCACGCAACCCGACGGACUCCCACGCAACACGACGGACUCCCACGCAACACGACGGACUCCCACGCAACACGACGGACUCCCACACAACACGACGGACUCCCUCGCAACACGACGGACUCCCUCGCAACACGACGGACUCCCACGCAACCCGUCGGACUCCCUCGCAACACGACGGACUCCCUCGCAACACGACGGACUCCCACGCAACCCGACGGACUCCCUCGCAACACGACGGACUCCCACGCAACCCGACGGACUCCCACGCAACACGACGGACUCCCACGCAACCCGACGGACUCCCACGCAACCCGACGGACUCCCACGCAACCCGACGGACUCCCACGCAACCCGACGGACUCCCACGCAACCCGACGGACUCCCACGCAACCCGACGGACUCCCACGCAACCCGACGGACUCCCACAUCAAAAGCUUGUGAUUAUUAACAAUGUGCCAAAGCUCCUGCAGAGUGCCAAAGCUCCUGCAGAGUGCCAAAGCUUCUGCAGAGUGCCAAAGCUUCUGCAGAGUGCAAAAGCUUCUGCAGAGUGCCAAAGCUCCUGCAGAGUGCCAAAGCUUCUGCAGAGUGCCAAAGCUUCUGCAGAGUGCCAAAGCUUCUGCAGAGUGCCAAAGCUCCUGCAGAGUGCCAAAGCUCCUGCAGAGUGCCAAAGCUUCUGCAGAGUGCCAAAGCUCCUGCAGAGUGCCAAAGCUUCUAUAGAGUGCCAAAGCUCCUGCAGAGUGCCAAAGCUUCUGCAGAGUGCCAAAGCUCCUGCAGAGUGCCAAAGCUCCUGCAGAGUGCCAAAGCUCCUGCAGAGUGCCAAAGCUCCUGCAGAGUGCCAAAGCUCCUGCAGAGUGCCAAAGCUUCUGCAGAGUGCCAAAGCUCCUACAGAGUGCCAAAGCUCCUGCAGAGUGCCAAAGCUCCUGCAGAGUGCCAAAGCUCCUGCAGAGUGCCAAAGCUUCUGCAGAGUGCCAAAGCUCCUGCAGAGUGCCAAAGCUUCUAUAGAGUGCCAAAGCUCCUGCAGAGUGCCAAAGCUUCUGCAGAGUGUCAAAGCUCCUGCAGAGUGCCAAAGCUUCUGCAGAGUGCCAAAGCUUCUGCAGAGUGCCAAAGCUCCUGCAGAGUGCCAAAGCUUCUGCAGAGUGCCAAAGCUCCUGCAGAGUGCCAAAGCUUCUAUAAAGUGCCAAAGCUCCUGCAGAGUGCCAAAGCUUCUGCAGAGUGCCAAAGCUCAUGCAGAGUGCCAAAGCUCCUGCAGAGUGCCAAAGCUCCUGCAGAGUGCCAAAGCUCCUGCAGAGUGCCAAAGCUCCUGCAGAGUGCCAAAGCUCCUGCAGAGUGCCAAAGCUCCUGCAGAGUGCAAAGCUUCUGCAGAGUGCCAAAGCUCCUGCAGAGUGCCAAAGCUCCUGCAGAGUGCCAAAGCUCCUGCAGAGUGCCAAAGCUCCUGCUAUAGAGUGCCAAAGCUCCUGCAGAGUGACAAAGCUUCUGCAGAGUGCCAAAGCUCCUGCAGAGUGCCAAAGCUCUGCAGAGUGCCAAAGCUCCUGCAGAGUGCCAAAGCUUCUGCAGAGUGCCAAAGCUCCUGCAGAGUGCCAAAGCUCAGAGUGCCAAAGCUUCUGCAGAGUGCCAAAGCUCCUGCAGAGUGCCAAAGCUCCUGCAGAGUGCCAAAGCUCCUGCAGAGUGCCAAAGCUCCUGCAGAGUGCCAAAGCUCCUGCAGAGUGCCAAAGCUCCUGCAGAGUGCCAAAGCUCCUGCAGAGUGCCAAAGCUUCUGCAGAGUGCCAAAGCUUCUGCAGAGUGCCAAAGCUUCUGCAGAGUGCCAAAGCUCCUGCAGAGUGCCAAAGCUCCUGCAGAGUGCCAAAGCUUCUGCAGAGUGCCAAAGCUCCUGCAGAGUGCCAAAGCUCCUGCAGAGUGCCAAAGCUCCUGCAGAGUGCCAAAGCUCCAGAGUGCAGAGUGCCAAAGCUUCUGCCAGAGUGCCAAAGCUCCUGCAGAGUGCCAAAGCUUCUGCAGAGUGCCAAAGCUCCUGCAGAGUGCCAAAGCUCCUGCAAAGUGCCAAAGCUCCUGCAGAGUGCCAAAGCUUCUGCAGAGUGCCAAAGCUCCUGCAGAGUGCCAAAGCUCCUGCAGAGUGCCAAAGCUCCUGCAGAGUGCCAAAGCUCCUGCAGAGUGCCAAAGCUCCUGCAGAGUGCCAAAGCUCCUGCAGAGUGCCAAAGCUUCUGCCAGAGUGCCAAAGCUCCUGCAGAGUGCCAAAGCUUCUGCAGAGUGCCAAAGCUCCUGCAGAGUGCCAAAGCUUCUAUAGAGUGCCAAAGCUCCUGCAGAGUGCCAAAGCUUCUGCAGAGUGCCAAAGCUCCUGCAGAGUGCCAAAGCUCCUGCAGAGUGCCAAAGCUCCUGCAGAGUGCCAAAGCUUCUGCAGAGUGCCAAAGCUCCUGCAGAGUGCCAAAGCUUCUAUAGAGUGCCAAAGCUCCUGCAGAGUGCCAAAGCUUCUGCAGAGUGCCAAAGCUCCUGCAGAGUGCCAAAGCUUCUAUAGAGUGCCAAAGCUCCUGCAGAGUGCCAAAGCUCCUGCAGAGUGCCAAAGCUCCUGCCAAAGCAGAGUGCCAAAGCUUCUGCAGAGUGCCAAAGCUUCUGCAGAGUGCCAAAGCUCCUGCAGAGUGCCAAAGCUUCUAUAG